AUGCUGUCCGCUGUCAGCUCCCUUGAGCCACGCAGCCAGCACAAAGCACUCGCUCUCAAACCAGCACUGGCACUUUUCGCGCAGAUCCCAACAUGCGCACAGAACUGCAUUCUUUCCGCGGGCUCUGCAGCAGGCUGUUCGUUGACCGACAUCCAAUGCAGUUGUGACAGCCACCAUGUCAACAAGCAGUCCACCGACUGUGUCCUUGCCAACUGUACGAUCCGACAGGCGUUGGUCACGAAGAACCACACCCAGACCAUGUGCGGUCGACCCAUACGAGACACCAGGAGGACGAUUCAGAUUUCUGCCACGACCUACCAGACCACCGAAGCCGUCGCAUAUUUGCUUCGAAUCGCCUCCAAGAUCCACGUUCAAUGGCCGUGGAAUGGGCGGGCGAAGAUCUUCACUCAGCUAUGGUGGGACGAUGUGGUCAUCACCGCCGCGCUUUUGAUGUCGUUGGGCGAGGCUUCACUCGCUCGCCCGAUCUCUUCCCCCGGGCUGGGACAAGACAUCUGGACUCUGCUACCCCAUCAAGUCGACCGCUUCGCCAAGAUGUUCUUCUACGGCGAGCUGUUCUACAUCAUCGGACUGUCGACGGUGAAAAUCUCCAUCUGCCUUUCAUACCUCCGCUUCUUCGCGUCGCCACGCUUCCGAAAGCUGGUCUUCGUGGUCAUCCUGCUGAACCUGUUAUACAUGCUCGGGUUCACCAUCCCGACCAUCUUCCAAUGCACGCCCGUCUCGUAUUGGUGGAAGGAGUGGGACCAUGCGAGAAAAGGACAUUGCAUUGCGAAGACCAAACGACGGCUUCAGGGACUGGUCUGGACCUCUGCCGGCUUCAACAUCUUGCUCGACAUGAUAGUUCUGGGAAUGCCGGUCCCACUGGUCUGGAAAAUGGAGCUCAACACGAGGAAGAAAAUCCUGGUGAUAUUCAUGUUCACGUGUGGGCUCUUCAUCACCGCCAUCAGCAUCCUGCGCCUGCACAGCCUGGUCAAAUUUGGCGACACGAUGAACCCGACUUGGGACUACCGAUGGAUGGCCCGCUGGAGCACGAUAGAACUGGCGGGCAUGGUCGUCUGCGCCUGCAUGCCGGGCAUCCGGAACUUCAUCCGGAGACUAUGGCCAGAAGCAGUCGGUGAGACGACAAGGGGUGGCGUUGAGUCGAUCCAACCCGGCCUGUACGAACCCAAGAGCUCGUUCCGAACCACCGGCGCCAGUCAGACCGAUGACAUUGAAAAUCUCGUCGCAUAUCAAAAGCAAAUCCGGCUUGAGGAGUUGGCGACGGCGACGCAGAAACGCACGGCUGUUCGGUGGAGCAAGGCCAGCAUUGAUGCCACUCAACUCCAGCAGAUCGCAGGCUGGAACCUGGGCAGCAAAAGAGGCGGCGACGACGCCCAGUUCAAUGCUACUCCGCCUCUCGACACGGUCUUGAACGCCACAGCUCCACUGGACGACGACCUUCCUGCCGACCGCAAACGUCGUACGUUUUGGCGACCGUGGAAACGGAAGUCGGAUCGUGGCUCUGUUCGCAACUCACGAUCUUCUCAGCUUACGCCUUUAUCGACGCAGCGCACUCCGACGCCCAAGCCAGCGGACUUCACGAGC